AUGAGACCAAAACAACACAUCACUGCUGUUAUUGAAAAACAAUCUGAGCAAGCUAAAAAGAAUUAUCAAAUUCACUUGACAGCAACAAUUGAUUGUAUUAGAUUUCUUUUGCGACAAGGAUUAGCCUUUCAUGGUAAUGAUAAGACAGAUGAUUCUGUUAACCAAGGAAAUUUUUUGGACCUUGUAAACUUUCUUGCACAAUAUAAUGAAGAGAUUGGUCGUACUUUCAAAAAUGCUCGUGGGAAUCUUAAACUAAUAGCACCCUCAAUCCAAAAAGACAUUGUAAGAGCUGCUGCAAGGGAAACGACAAAAGUUAUUGUAGAUGAUCUUGGGGAUGAAUUAUUUGCUGUAUUGGUUGAUGAAGCCCAUGACAUUUCUAUUAAGGAGAAAAUGUCAGUUUGCUUAAGGUAUGUGAACAAAGAAGGACAAGUUAGGGAGCAUUUUCUUGGUCUUGUUCAUGUUUCUAAUACUAAUGCUUUAUCUCUAAAAUUAGCAUUGGAGUCAUUAUUAGAAACAUAUGAUUUAAGUUUAUCAAGAGUAUGUGGACAAGGAUAUGAUGGUGCAAGUAACAUGCAAGGAGAAUUUAAUGGUUUAAAAACUUUGAUAUUGAAAGAAAAUUCUUAUGCUUUCUAUGUACAUUGCUUUGCCCACUAA